GCACGUCAGAGGCGGGCGUAGGUAGCUAUUUCGGCUUGACUUUGAGGCUAGCUGGCUGUGGCUGUCUGUCAAACCGUCGACAACGACAGAGAUCACUUCUGUUACAUAUGUAAUCGGCGGCAUUUCAUCCCCUCAACUACGGCACCUAUCUACACUCUAUCUUGGGCAAUGCAGCGCAUUGACCGCGCAUAGUUCUAGUCUACCAUCUGGAAACCGAUACCGAUACCGCAUUCACCAUGUCCGCCUUCCCGACCAGAUCGUUCUCGUCACACAUGCGACAGCCGUCGUUGGCUGCCGCCAGUACAGCGUCCACCGGCCAGCCCACCGCCCUAGCCGCACGCGUCAGCGAGAAAAAGGCCGAGCUCGAGAAUCUCAAGGAACUGCGCAAUCUCAGCGCCGCCCUGGCCUCGCAAAUGGAAGCGCUUGAGCAGAAGCUGGCCACCCUCUCUGAUGGGACUGAAGCCAUUGCCCUGGUUCUCAGCAACUGGCAUAACGUGCUGAGGGCGAUUAACAUGGCAUCGGGUACCUCUCCCCUGCCCUGGAUCUUAAACUAGAAUAUCUAGUCUCUAACAGCUGCAGCGAAACUCCCAAAGCCCAGCAC